CACCGGUGCUGUUCUUUUUCUUCAACGCAGUUCAGAAGAAUUCGGGCUAAGUUCAACAUCACCGUGGGGGAUGAACGGAAGCUCCCAUCCGAUUGGCCAGGACAGAAAACAUUGCAGGACCUCACGAGAAUGGCUGUACCUCUCUUCAUUUUCGCGGCGACCGUUUGCCGGUUCAUCGACAAUCGUAAGCGUGGCAACCCUCAGAAACAGCUGCAUGAUUUUCUGAAACAGGGACACAGAAGCCAUGGGUCUCAACUUGACCAAACCUAUGGGCCUGUUUUACGCUCCCAAAUCGCCGAUGUCUCAAAAGACGACAGAGAACAGAUCAUCGAGAACUUCAAAGACAUUGUUGGUAGUAUUGUUAUCCUUGCAAGUCCUCUAUCAGUAACCGCUCUGUCACAAUUACUUGACGUCUCUCCGGAUGUCGUGGAUGAUCGACUAGAUGCGCUUCACUCGAUUUUAAGUAUCCCGCCGACACGCAAAUUGCCCGUGCGGUUGCUGCAUCUAUCAUUUCGAGAGUACCUUAUCAGUCCUAAACAGAAGGAGUCAAGUGAAUUUUGGGUGGACGAGAAACUCGCUCACCGAAACCUGGCAAAGCACUGUCUGCGUCUUAUGCGCGGCACUCUACGCGAGAACAUAUGCGGCCUACCUUUCCCAGGUAUACGUCAAUCUGCGGUAGACAGUGCGCGACUCGAGAAGUGCAUACCUUCACAGCUUCAAUAUGCAUGCAUGUACUGGGUUCAUCAUCAUACCAAGGCCGAUUUUGAGCUAAAUGACGGCCACGAGGUCCAUGAUUUCCUGAUGACACACUUUCUUCAUUGGGCAGAGGCGCUGAGCUUGAUGGGCCGAGCUGGAGAAUGUCUUGACUCAGUUAGGUCGUUAGUAGGUUGGCUAGAGGCAAGCCUCUUCCGGGAUUCCAGUCUGAUCAAUUUUCUGGCUGAUGCCGUUCGAUUCCUCAAGGUGAAUUUCUCUGUGAUCAUUGAAGCACCGUUACAGUUGUAUUGUUCUGCUCUAGCUUUCGCCCCGAGGAGGAGCAUUGUUAGAGAGGCAUUCGAAAAUCGUAUCCCAGAAUGGUUCAACGUCCGGCCGCGGGCUAAAGAAGACUGGGAUGCGUGUUUGUUGACGCUGGAAGGCUAUAGCAACAGAGUCAACUGGGUGGUAUUCUCGCACGACUCGACGAUGGUAGCAUCGGCCUCUGAUGACGAGACGGUACGGAUCUGGAAUGCAGAGACAGGGAAGUAUGAGCAUGUGCUGGAGGGCCAUAGCAACUUCGUCAACUCUGUAGUGUUCUCGCAUGACUCGACGAUGGUGGCAUCGGCCUCUGAUGACGAGACGAUACGGAUCUGGGACAUACUAGCGGGAAAGUGUGAGCAUGUAUUGGAAGGCCAUAGCGACUCGGUCAAUUCCGUUGUAUUCUCUCACGACUCGACAAAGCUGGCAUCAGCUUCUAACGAUAAGACAGUGCGGAUCUGGAACACAGGAACAAAGAAGUGUGAGCAUGUGCUGGAGGGCCAUAACGGUUUCGUUAGGUCGGUGGUGUUCUCGAAUGACUUGAAAAUGGUGGCGUCGAGUUCUAAUGACAAGAUGGUACGGGUUUGGAACGUAUUGACGGGGAAGCGUGAGCAUAUGUUGAAAGGCCAUCGCUCCUCGGUUAACUCGGUGGUGUUCUCACACGACUCGACAAAGCUGGCAUCGGCCUCUUGGGACAAAACGGUACGGAUCUGGGAUCUCAAGACAAGAAAGCACGAGUAUAUGCUGGAAGGCCAUAGCGAAUGGGUCAACUUAGUGGUGUUCUCGCACGACUCGCAGCUGGCAGCAUCGGCUUCUCGCGAUAAGACCGUGCGGAUCUGGGACCUAAAGACAGGAGAGUGUAGAGAGGUCAUUUCAUUAGAUUCCUGCACAGAUAUACUUUCAUUUACGCCUGACAAGUCUGGCAUUGUCACUAGUAAUGGCGUAUUUGCUUUUACUGGCGAUCUGUUAUCUUCCACGCGACCUCCCGUACCAUGGCAGCCUACGGUGGUCUCAACACUUGGAUUACAGGACGAGACCUGGGUGACAUCGGCAGGAGAGGAUUUGCUUUGGUUACCUACUGAAUGUCGUGGUGGAAGAGUAGCUAUUUCAGCAAAUGCGGUUGUGAUAGGCUGCGAAUCGGGGAGGGUUAUAGUAUUGGGUUUCUCUGCCGUAGAAACAGCAAAACAUGUAAUCUAG